AUGUCGAAUCGAUCAAUAUCCUUCCAUGUAGGACCUGUGAUGCCGAAACCAAUGAGGAGAGAUGGUUUUGGUGAUAUGGUACGAAAUCGAUCCCAAGAAUCACUAGCCGUUGAAGAAGCCGAACAUGCCAGUCAACGAGUACUGGCUGAAUAUUCGCGUGGUGUUGUACAAGAUAUCUCACGCUUAUCCCAACAAAGUAGCCGUGCCAGUGGAAAGCAAAUCAGCGGUUUGGCUCGUGCUGUGGAUAUGCUAUCUCAGAAAUGCAAGAAGAGCAUUGAAUUAAUUCGGUAUGACUUAUCCCAAUAAUC